AUGGCUAACAUUGAUAUUAUUCAAACAAGAGAUUUUACAAAAUUGUCUUACUUAGAAAAUCAGGAAUGUACUGUAAGUAAAGUAAAUGAACAUAAAAAAUGUAUCAGUCUAGUAAAUGAUAUAUCAAAAAAAGAAGAAGAUAUUAUUGAAAAAAAAUAUUCUUUAAAUGAAUCUGAAUCAUUACGACAAGUUCGAAUACGUAGUCUAUCUCAUUGGUUACAUAUUACACCAAGUUUAGAAUCCAUGAUAUCUGCUGGUUGGUUUUCAUGUAAUGUUAGUGAUCGAGUUAUAUGUAUAUAUUGUAAUACAAUAUGUCAAGGAUGGACAAUAAAUGAUGAUCCAAUUGAAGUUCAUAGAAGAUUUGCUCCACAAUGUCCAUUUGUACUUUCAAUGUCUUCAAUAGAAAAUUCACCAAAAAUAAUAAAUGAAAAUUUUAAUGAAAAAUUUCAACCAAUUCAUCCAAAAAUGGCUGAAAUAUCUCAUCGAGAAGCAACAUUUACAAAAUUAAAUUGGACUGAAAAUUUACCAACUAUUGAAAAUUUAGUACGUGCUGGAUUUUUUUUUGGUGGUAUUGAAAAUGCAGUAACAUGUUUUUAUUGUAAUGGAUCAUUACAUAAAUGGAGUUCAAAUGAUAAUCCAAUAAUUGAACAUGCACGAUGGUUUCCACAAUGUACAUAUGCUAAACAUUUAUGUGGUGAUGAUUUAUAUAAAAAAAUUCAACAAACAAAAAAACGUAUUAUAAAACAAAAUAAUAAUAUUUCUGAUAAUGAACUUAGACAAAUGAUUUCAGCAAGACUUGAUUUACCUAUUGUUGAACAACUUCGUUCUCAAUAUCGAUUAGAAGUAAUUAAACGUUGUAUUGAAGAUCAAUUAAAAAUAAAACAUGAUGAUUUUCUAUCUGAUCUUGAUUUAUCAAUAGCUUGUCUUAUACUUCAAAAACAAAUUGAUCAUAUAAAAGGUUGUCAAGAUAAAAUAAUAAUACCAUCAAAAAAACUUCAACAAUUAGAAAAUUUAUCUUUAUCAAUGAAACAAUCAUUUGGUGAAUGUUUAAUAUGUCUUACAGAAGAGAAACAAUUAGCAUGUAUGCCUUGUGGACAUUUAUGUGCUUGUGUUCCUUGUGGAUAUGCACUUAAAUCAUGUCCUAUUUGUCGACAAAAAAUUCAAAGUUUUAUGAGAAUUAAUAAUUAA